AAGAGCUAAGCUAAGCUUACUGUACACUAAGCAGUUGGGAAACAUGUGGUAACUUGGUUUCUUCUCUGGAAUCCCAUUCAUUCCCAUUCCAAAGGGGGAGUCAUGGCAACGUUGUUGAGAAAGCUGUGCGAGACGGCGUCCUUGAAACGAUCCUCUUCCAAUUCAAGCACAAACACUUCAUCAUCGUCACCUCUGGGCGCGUUCGACCCUCUCCCUGCCGACAUACUCGCACAAAUCGUUCUUCUAUUGGGCCCCAAACACGCGGCAAUACUCUGCGUCGUUUGCAAGUCGUGGCGAAGCCUCGUCUCCAACAACGCCUUCUGGAUCCAGUUCCUCCAAACCCACCACCCUCACGCCUCGCUCUUCGCCGAAACCACUUUGAGCUCCGGCUAUCCUCUUCCCAUCUUGGUUGCUCACAACUUGCCACGUGUUUCGUUCCAGCACGUUUAUGCCCAACGCGAACGACUCCCCGCUUCCGUUAUCAUCGACGGUGGCUCUGGCUACUGCAAGUUCGGUUGGAGCAAAGACGCUGCUCCUUCAGGGCGAUUCGCGACCUUUCUGGAAUUUGGUAACGUGGAGACGCCAAUGUAUUCUAGACUCCGGCACUUUUUUACUACUAUCUAUAGCAGGAUGCAGGUGAAGCCAAGUUCUCAACCUGCUGUCGUCUCUAUACCAAUAUGCCAUUAUGAUGAUACUGAAUCUGCCAAAGCAUCAAGACAGCAGCUUAAAGAAGCAAUCUAUAGUGCCCUGUUUGACAUGAAUGUUCCUGCUGUUUGUGCUCUUAAUCAGGGGACUUUAGCUCUGUAUGCUGCAAAACAGACUUCUGGGAUAGCUGUUAAUAUAGGUUUCCAAGUCACAUCUGUAGUUCCAAUUUUCAAUGGUAAAGUGAUGCGAAAGGUUGGAGUGGAGGUUGUGGGGCUGGGAGCACUAAAACUAACAGGAUUUCUUAGAGAGCAAAUGCAACUAAACAACAUAAGUUUUGAAUCUUUGUACACUGUUCGCACACUGAAAGAGAAGCUAUGUUAUGUUGCUGUAGACUAUGAAGCUGAGCUAUUGAAAGAUACACAAGCAUCAUUUGAAGCUGUGGAAGGGUUGUUUACACUCUCAAAAGAGAGAUUUCUAACAGGAGAGAUUUUAUUCCAGCCACGUCUUGCUGGGGUGCGAGCAAUGGGUUUGCACCAGGCCAUCGCUCUUUGUAUGGAUCAUUGCUAUUCUGCUGAAUUAGCUGCUGACAAUGAUUGGUACAAGACUGUAGUCUUAUCGGGGGGGACUGCUUGUUUACCUGGUUUAGCAGAAAGGUUAGAAAAAGAACUUCAUUCGUUACUUCCUCCUUGUGUAUCCAGUGGAAUUAGAGUCAUACCUCCUCCAUUCGGUGUGGAUACUGCAUGGUUUGGUGGCAAGAUUAUUGGCAGUUUGAGCACCUUUCCUGGUCCCUGGUGUACCACGAAAAAGCAAUUCCGUCAGAAGUCUAAACUUGACCGCAUAUGUCCAUGAUUUUAGAAAAGUUGUAGAUUCCAAUGGCAGAGGCACGUCAGAUAACCAAGGCUUCGCUGUUACUAUCAACAUUUGCUUUGCAUCAGCUACGGACUUCAAAGAUCAUAUACACAUCCAUCACAAUAUUACAUCCCCUAACACUACAUUGCGUAUACACCUCUCACAAGCAUGUCGCCAAACACCUUACUAGCACCAAUAGUGUCCUCCACAAAGGUAAUGACAUUGAAAUGUUUCACAAAAAGGUUUGCAGCUGAAUUGAUGGAGGGCGUAUUGGUUUCAAUGGUUAUUGAUAGCACCCACAGCCCAGAGGAAGAUAUGGAUCACAGGCUCAAGAGAAACAUUAAAUGUCCUCAAGGCCGGAACGAUUUUAUUUAUUGAAAUGCUGGUUGUUGUUAGUCACGUUUCUGUUUCAUGGUUGUUAAGAGAAUGCUGAGUUGUCAUUUAUUUAGUUGCUUUGUUAUUCUGUUUGUUAUCCAGUAUCUGAUUUUUCCAUUUUGUUUGCUCAUGUAAGCCUUUAUAUAGUGAUGAAAGUAAUGAUUGAUGGCAGUUAGCCAAUUU